UCUUAGGGUAUGGGAGUCGAAAGCAAGUUUCUUGAAGAGGCCCUAGGUGCACCCUGGACGCUAUCGACUUCUCAGCAACCGCAGUCCCAAACCAAUUUGUGGGACAAGAGUAUGACUCUGGCUUACUUUGCACCUGGCGGGGGUUUUGGACCGGUAUCUGAUAAGGGUUAUGGGGUGUCAUAUAUGGUGCUGGACGAGUAUAUUUUCUUCCAUGUGACCUCUAAGAAAUCCAGCGGCAAUACAGACUCCAAGGAGUUCUCGGCACAUAUACACCAGGCUCUGCAGGAUGUCAUCGAUGUAGCCCUGCCAUAGUAAAGAACUAAUAGAACAAGUGGAACGGCACAGACAGGCCAUUCCAAUAGGGGGUUUAGGGGUUUACGGAUAUAAGAGAGAACCACAUGCGAUCCCUGAUACUAAACCGAACCAUCCCUCACCAUAUGUAAACCAGACUGCACCAAUAGAGUGUCAUAUAAGUGUCAGAUAAUUGUCGGAUACCUGUCAGACUAAUAUCAGAUAGGCUGUCGAAGCCAUUUAAUAAAGAUGUGAAGACUAUCCAAUCUCUG